UGCUUCCCUGACCCUUGGGUCGUCUCCUGCUCGUCUCCUCUCGUCCGGGAUACUCAAACUCCAACGCCCCCUGUCCCGUGCCUUUCUCCCCUCCCCUUUCUCCCACCGUUCCCCAAAUCAGAGGGGAGCGCCGAAGACGAAGCGAACUCGAAUUCCGGCGCCGAAUCCCACCGUGGGGCGCCGCUAUAAGCCCUAGGAUCGACGUCGGAUUGAAACCCUAGGUAGCUUCGCCAGCCUGCCCCGAGCUGCCAUGCCCUAGCCGCCGCCGGGCCUGCCUGCCUCCUCUGGUUGCGCCCGCCGUCGUUUUGUGCUCGGGGCCUGGGAUGUCGUGGCGGCGCUUCCGCCGUGGUGCGGCGGCCUCGUCGUGGAUGCCCAAGAUUGGGCGGUGCUCCAUGCCGAAGACCGUGCCGCCGCCGCCCACGCCGGUGGUGGUUAUCGACGGAGAUGAUGAUGUCGGUGCCGAUGACGGAGAUGCUGCUUCUGAGGUUUUCAUUAUUGAUGAUGUGGCAGAGAUAGCCCGUGCUGCGGCUGCGUGCAAUACCAAGAAAGGAAACAGCUCUUGUGGUAAUGUGAUUAACAUUGAUGAUGAGGAGGAGGAGGGUGGUGGUGGUGAUAGGGCUGGCCCCAGCACGGUAGAUCCUGGGUCUCCAGCUGCAACAGUUCCCCCUGGGCAUGCUUUUCCGAGAAGAAGAUUUGGGCUGGAUUAUGUUACUGACAGUGAGCAGAGUGAUCUGUCCGGAGGAUGGGACUCGGACUCAGAUGGUGAUGGCAGCUCGGAUUGUGAGAUUCUGGAUGACACUGGGAUGGCGCGUAAGGUGUGGGAGAAUGCUGCUUCAAGAAGAACGACGCCUCAUGAUCUCCGAAAGGGUAAAGAUGGCAGGGCUAGCACUUCUGCAUCAAGCGCCGAGUCAAGUACGCAGUAUGGUGUAAAUUUUGGGAACCUAUUUGAUUCAGAGUGCCCUCUAGACGACAACAUCUGGCGGUUUUUUAAUGAUGAUGCAGUCAACAAAGCUGGCCCAAGUAGUACAAGGGGUGGAAAGUUUGGCACUGGUCCUUCAGUGCCGGAUGUGCAUGAAUGCUCGAUGCACAAUGAUCCCAAUGGAAAAGAAACUGGUAAUCGUGAUGGCACUUGCAGUUCAGAUGCUGAUACGGCUUGCAACAAUGAAGCAGCCAAUGCCCACAAGUCCCAUGCUCCUGAAAAAUCCCCAGAAAUAAGUCAGAGCCGGAAGCCUGAAGGACACACAAGCUAUAGCUUUGUCUCUGCAAACAGGGUUUUUCCUGCAUGCUCCACAGCAGAUUGGAAAGCUGAUAGCGCUAUGUUUGUCAGCAGUACUGGAAAGAUGGAUGAGAAGAUACCUGAAGGCACACUUUCAGAAAAGGAUAUAUCCGAUGUGCAGAAUGAAAUUUCCAAACAGAAGAAACAAAUGUGCUUUGCACCAGAUGAUGGUUCUGCCAUGGAUCAACUCUCGAAAGAUCCCGUUUCUACUAGCAGAUCCGUCUGUUCAAGUCAAUCUCAGAAGGAUUUUUCCAGCGAUCCUGAAAAGUUAGGACAAUCUGGUAUUGCUAUGGUUCAAGAUGGUCCAGACUUCCAGGAUGGUCUAAUUGGCGCACGUGAAAAGCACAAAGAAUCUAUUGAGUACAAAAGGGCAGCAGAGGAGGAGUGGGCAUCCAGACAGCAUCAACUGGCAAUACAGGCUGAGCAGGCAAAGGAGGCAAAGAGGUUGCGAAAAAGAAAAAAGGCUGAAGCUUUGCGAUUGCUUGAUAUGGAAAAGAGGCAAAAGCAAAGAUUGGAAGAAGUCCGUGAAUCACAAAGAAAGAGUGAAGAAGCCAUACAGCUGAAGGAGCAGUCUCGAGGGGCAGUAAGAAUGGAGCUCGAAAACAUGGAAAGGCGAUACAACGAUAUGUCCUCAAUAUUGCGUGCACUAGGCAUCCCUGUUGAAGGGGGUGAGGUUAAAGCUGCUUAUAAGCAAGCUUGUUUGAAAUUCCAUCCGGACAGAGUAUCAAGAAACGAUAUUUAUCAGCAGGUCAGAGCAGAGGAGACGUUCAAGUUCAUUUCACGCUUGAAGGAGAAGCUCAAGUUAUAAUGUUCAGUUUCCAGUUAUAGCUGUAUUAUUUUUUUGAUAGGCUGAAAUCUCAUCAGCCGGCUGAAGCUGCACAGUUCUGAAGUUAAUUGAUGUCGGGAGUGAAACAGUGUAAUCGUUAGAACUAGUGCUGACUGCUGAGAAUUCCUUGUCCAUCCAGUUUACUUUUUUUGUAGUGGGCUUCUGGUUAGCUUAAUGUGUCUUGGUUUACAAUGUGGAAAUGCUUAUAUGGGUGGCAGAAGUAUCAUUUUUUUUAAGGUU